GUUGCCGGCUCAGGUGGUUAAGUUUGAAUUUGGACGUGGCGCGAAACGGACGGUUAUCGUGUGAUUUUGUGAGGAAUUUUGUGAUUUGGACAAAAACUGUGCAAGUGAUUCGGUUCCGGUUGGAGAUCCAGUGAGAACAAGUUUAUCGGGAGACGUUGCUGAACGAUCCGGUCGGGAAGCAACCUGAAGCAGACGUGACGGUUUUUGGGGGCGUUAUAUAACAGUUGACGAGUUUAUCUGUGAAAAUGACCACCUACACCGACAAGGGCCCCAAGCCGGACGGGGGAAAGUUCCUCUGCUUCGAUCACAUCACGUUCUACGUAGGCAAUGCCAAACAGGCCGCCAGCUACUACACGACCCGCAUGGGAUUCACCGAGCUGGCCUACCAGGGUCUGGAAACGGGCAGCCGCAAGCUGGCCAAACACGUCGUGCGCCAGAACAAGAUCGUAUUCGUGUUCGUGUCGGCCUACGAACCGGAAAACACCGAACUGGGAGCCCAUCUGGUCCGGCAUGGCGACGGAGUCAAGGACGUGGCCUUCACCGUCGAAGACCUGGACGUGAUCGUCAAGCGGGCCAAGCAGCGGGGAGCUGAAGUAGUCCGUGACGUUUGGGAGGAGAGUGACGAGUUCGGAACGGUGCGGUUUGCGACCGUUAAGACCUACGGCGAUACUCAGCACACUUUCGUCGAGAGGAAGAACUACAGCGGACUUUUCCUGCCGGGCUACAAGGCCCCGCUGUACGACGACGUCCUUGCAAAGAAACUGCCUGCAACGCACCUGGACUUCAUCGAUCACGUGGUCGGCAACCAACCAGACCUGCAGAUGGAAUCUGUGGCUGCCUGGUACGAGAAGGUUCUGAUGUUCCACCGUUUCUGGUCUGUGGACGACAGCCAGAUCCACACCGAAUAUUCCGCCUUGAGAUCCAUUGUGAUGACCAACUACGAAGAGACCGUCAAGAUGCCCAUCAACGAACCGGCCAAAGGCAAAAAGAAGUCCCAAAUCGAAGAAUACGUAGACUACUACGGAGGAGCUGGAGUCCAACAUAUUGCUCUGAACACUAGCGACAUCAUCGCGGCGAUCGAGAACCUUCGCGCCAGAGGAAUGCAUUUCCUGUCCGUCCCGGACACGUACUACGAUCAACUGCGGGAACGCCUAAAGAGCAGCAGGGUCAAGAUCCAAGAGGACAUGGACACGCUGCAAAAGCUCAACAUCCUGAUCGACUACGACGAGAACGGCUAUCUACUGCAGAUCUUUACCAAAAACAUGCAGGAUCGUCCAACACUGUUCCUGGAGGUUAUCCAGAGACACGGACACAAUGGAUUCGGAGCUGGCAACUUCAAGGCUCUGUUCGAAGCCAUUGAAGCCGAUCAGGACAAGCGUGGAAAUUUGUAAGCGGAGAGGAAGAAUAAAUCGAGACGCGGCAAACUGUAUUCUAAAAAAAGCUUGCCAUAAACCGGAAUACACUCAUCCUACCUAUAUCAUAAUUUGUUAGUACCGUGAAUGUUACCUUAGAUAUGUAUAUCGAUAAGUUUUACCAGUAAACCGUUCUUGUAGUUUCUA